AUGUUGGAUACCUUCGAACCAGUUGUAAGAUUUCUCGCACAGUACCAAGGUGGCGACUAUGUGAAAGGAUGGGCCGAACUGUGGGAUAAGGGCGACUUGAUUGACUGGGAUAAAGGGUUUCCUAACCCAGCCUUAGAAGAUACCCUUAUCCAGCGCCGCUCGAUCAUCGGUGAUCCUGUGGUCAAGGAUGCUGGGGGAAGCCAGUAUAGACGGAAGGCACUGGUUCCUGGAUGCGGCCGAGGGGUUGAUGUCCUUCUUCUGGCCAGCUUUGGCUAUGACGCCUAUGGCCUGGAGUAUAGUCAUUCUGCUGUCGAAACCUGCAAGAAGGAAGAAUCCGAAAGAGGCGGUAGAUAUCCUAUCAGAAAUCUAGAAUUCGGAAGAGGCAGCGUCACUUUUGUGCAGGGUGACUUCUUUGAUGAUGCUUGGUUGGACGCCCUGGGUUUACUGCCAAAUGCCUUCGAUCUGGUGUAUGAUCACUCGGUAAGUAGACCCGUGCGGCUAUCAAUUUGCACAAUGUAUUGUUGGAGGAUGAUUAGGGAAUCAAGUUGUACUCACUCUGCGUUUGGCAGUUUUUCUGUGCCCUGGAUCCAUCGCUCCGCUCCAGAUGGGCACUGCGACAAACUCAGCUUCUUGUCCCCAAUGGCCAUCUAG